AUGGCACCAACUAUUCCCUCGGCCAAGUUGACUCUGUCUUGUCCGCUCUUCGCGGCCGAUUUUGAUCCGCGCAACCAUGGCUUUUUGCUCGUUGGAGGCGGUGGAGGUGAAGGACGUAGUGGUGCGCUCUUGGACACUUCAAAACGCAGCGAAAUCUCGGAGGUAGUCGAUAUCGAACUCUCGCGCGACGAGGACUCGGUUACUUCACUAGCCGCUGCAAAUGCGAGCGAUGGGUCGGUCAUUGCUCUGGCCGGUAUCAACAGCUCCGUGGCCGAGCAGAAGAGAAACAACAAUCAACAUCUGAGAUCCUUCCAGAUCGACUAUCCCCCGCGAAAAAGAAGAUCGGCGAGCACUUCCAGAGAAGAAGCAGAGACACUCAAAGAGAAUCCCACUCCAGGAAAGACUACAGCACUAGCGCGCGUGUCAUUGUUUCGGACAAAGGAGUCCAGGGAAUCCAAGGCCGGCGCCGAUACCUAUCAGAGGAUAUUGCGACUAUCCCCAUGGAAAGAUGCAGACGCUCCCCGAGUAGCUGCCAUUGCGACGGGGCUGGCUCCUUCGGGGGAAAUUGUAUUUUUCAAAGUCACUCCCACGCCGACCGAGGCUGAUGUCAUUGGGAGGAUUCGCCUGAACGGCGAGGAGGAAGCUGAGGACGUGGACAUUAUCGAUCUGGAGGACGAUGGGAAGUACAAAGUGGCCUACACCAACGGGAAUGACGUUUUUAUUUGUGAAAUAUCAUCACAGACAAGGUCAAACACCUCUCCAGACGUGCAGUGCGUGUACAGCACACCUCUGCCCGAAAAGGGGCCGAGGUCAAGGCCUAAAUUUCGAGCACUGCGCUUCCUCUCCUACACAACGCUGUUGCUCCUUCAGAAUGCACCAAACCGAAACGGUUGCGAGCUUUUGAUUCUAAAUUUGCGUCCUUCGAAAGAUAAGCCUUCCGGGUUCAUUGUAAGGCGCAAGAAGCUGCGCAAGUCAAUCAAGAUCGGGCUAGGUCUGGACACUUGCGGUUUAGGAACGAACCCAGACGGCCAACAGCAGACCAUUAUUGCGGUGUCUGGUAGCGACCAGUCUAUCGAAGUCUUGACAGUUGAGUUCAGUCCAAGAAAGGGCCAUGGCAAACUCCGGCCGUAUACAACCCUACGAGACGUCCACCCGUUCUCGAUGACCAAGAUCUGUUUUUCAAACUUCAUCCCCCCAACGCACCCCGUCACGCCAGAGACCCCUCCUCAAUAUGUCAAGCUGGCCUCGAUCAGUAUGGGCAAUACGGUUGUCGUGCACACCUUCCCGCUUGCCCCAUCGCCGCCCUCCAGCCGCACCCCGCGGUACGUCCUGGUCAUGCCCGGCGAAUCGGAGGUUUGGACCAACUUCGCCAGCGGCUUUGCGGCCCUGCUCUCCAUUAUCACCGUCUGUGUCCUCCUCCAGGCCUUCACGGAGAUCAGAGGCCUCAUGCGCCCGUACCUCGGGGCCUCCGAGUGGCUGCCCCCGGAUAUCCGCGCGGCCAUUGCGCGCCCGUACCACCCCCUACCACCUCACCCACUCCCAACCGCAUCCGCGCUCUCUGCCCUCACCGAUUCCCCGAAGCAGACUCUCCGAGAUAUCCUUCAUGCCCGUCAAGCCGUCGGCGGUAACGACGCCGAUGCAGCCCCGGACGCUGACGCAACAACCCCAGCUAACUCCGUCUUGGUCCGCUGUCUUCCUGAGUCCAACAACAUCUACAUCGAGAGCUCCGAUGCCCACUCCUCCCGCUCGUCCUCGUCAUCUCCUGAAGAGGCAGAAGAGCAGCCAUCCCGAUCCUGGGAUGACCUCAACGAGGACGAGCGUUCUGCCUGGAAGCAACGCUUGAUCGAUGCUGGAUACUGGGCUCUCGAAGAAGGGGAGACGAUCCUCCAAGGUGUAUUGUUCGGCGAAUGUUCUGCCUUUCUGGGAAGUCAAGUGCAAGCUAAGCUUCUUUCUUAG